CAUUAUGCAAACGGCAGUCAACGCGCUUCAGGUCGUUCCCUUUCUAAUAAAUUAUGUCAAAAAGGGCUGAAAUCUGUGGGUUAUAGACUUCCAGACUUAAACGAGCUUCGUGCGCAUUUGAUGAGAGUGGGAUUGGUUAUCAUCGCGCGCGUGGAGAUAUUUUUUUUACCUUUUACGUAGAAGUCAUUAUUUGUCACAAUGUGAACUCUAUUCAGUAUUCACAUUCUCUUUAAACGCUUCCUAGGCAACUCUGCGGUCCUCCUUCGAUCACAUGAUCUGCAUGACUGCAUCGCUAUUCUCUGAAAAUGCUCGUACCAUUGAACUGGAUUCAUUAUGUCCACACGGCCUGCCACGAAAUCACCACAUAGAGACGCUUCAGACAGUUCACGUCCUUGCCAACGUAUACAUUAUGUCCACAGUCUACACGGCCUGUAUACAUUUUCCUCCAAGCCCUUGUAGCCGAGUAGGAGAAGCACCCUUGAAGACAAAACCACCACAGACACAAUCAACGAACGUGUGCUGAUGCAUUUAUCCCGAAUGACACUUGUAUCUGCAUUAGCUUUCCCAUCUUGAUCCUUCUGGUUUGUUUGUAACCGAACAUUUUUCCUAUCAAUCCUGGUUGGUUGAUAAAAAAGAGGAUUUAGUCUUAUUUCCUUUAAUUUUAGCCCAUUUCGUGAUUGGUGGUUAUAUUGGGCACUGCAUAUGACUUAUGAGCCCAUCUAUAGGCUCACUAAUCAGAAAAAAACAAUCAUAACGUAGUCAGAAAUAUUCAAAGUAGAUUUUUUUUCAGAGCCAGAGUACCAUUGACCAAGUAAAUCAUGGCUGCGGCUACUUGAAACAAAGAAAAGAAAACAAGUGGUAGAAGAUUAGAUGGAAGCAAUUAAAUAAUGAUUACGAUCUUGUCCGUUUGUAAUAGUCAAAGUCAGAUGAAUAAGUAUGGUAGACUUUCAAUUAGCAUUAUAGGCUCCUCUGACUCGUUAUAUAAAAUCAUAUGAAGUAAUACGUAGCAAAGACGAAACUAACCAAAAGCCAUCUCUCUCCGGCAACAACAGCUCACAACCCAGCUCCCUGCUUCAAAAAUUCCAGGCAACUUAUUUACCGAUCCAGUUUAGCCCCAUCUUGUGCAAUAUGGACUUCUUCAGUUCAAAGAAAGAUGGAAAACGAUCAGGACUGUUCGGGAAGAAAAGCGCGAGCAAGAGCAAUCCGGCGACCCCUCCUCAUCCCGCCGCUGGUAGAUCCCCGCCACCAUCGUAUCUCUCCAACAAAAGAGCCGAGACAGAGUAUGAUUUCCCUAUCUCCCGUGAACAAAGAACAUACCCGAAACAACCGGCGUCUGAACGCGUCCCCAACUCCCACCCCAGGCCUCCUGUGUACGGAUAUGGCACGCCUGAACGUAGAGAAAGAAAGGAGAGGAUGAGUUAUGAGCCAGAGACUAACGCUCCUUCAAGCCCCUUUCAUCCCUCUGGAAACCGCACGCCUGAACGUCGUAGAAAGUCAAGCGAGUAUAGCCGAGAACAGCAGGAUCGAACGUAUGAGGCAGAUACCCGAAGCAAUGCAAGCCCCUUUCACCCAUUCAAAAGCCCUUCUCCAUCUCCAUACCACACGCCUGAUCGCCACAGAGAACACGAUGCAGACCACUACGAGGCAAUGUAUGAGCCUGAGGCCAAUAACAUGUUUCAGAACAGAGCUCCUGGGAGCCCAUUUCGUCAAGCCGGAAACCGCUCUCCAUCACCAUAUAGAACUCCUGAUCGUCAGCAAUCUGAAGACCUGUACGAGCGAGAUGGUGAUGUAACACCUCGAAACAGCUCUCCACCAAGCCCUUUUCAUCCAGCAGCAAACCGAUCACCACCACCACAAUCAUACAGAACGCCUGAUCGUCGUGGAAACCACCCUGAUGAUGAGCAAGACGGCGAAGUAACACCACGAACCAGCUCUCCACCGAGCCCCUUUCAUCCAGCCGCAAGACGUUCGCCACCACCACCACAACCAUACAGAACGCCUGAUCGUCGUAGAAACCACCCUGACAAUCAGCAAUCCGAGGAAGUGUAUGAGCGAGACGGCGAAGUAACACCACGAAACAGCUCUCCACCAAGCCCAUUUCAUCCAGCUGCGACCCGUUCGCCACCACCACAACAAUACAGAACGCCUGACCGUCGCAGCAACAAUCAUAAUGAUGAGCAAAUGGAAGCAAUGUAUGAGCCAGAUGGCUACGUUAUGCGGCAGGACAGCCCUCCUCGGAGUCCACUUCAUGGAGGAGCAUACUAUUCAUCCAGUGAUGAUGAUAACCACUCCACCUACCUCUUCCCAGAAAUUGGCACCCCAACUCGUUCCAUCCCAGUCUCCGCCAACACCACUCCUGUUCACCACAACUACCAAAUCAUUGCGGCGGAAACCUACGAGCAAGAGAAGCAGUACGAGCCACCGGAGCUAGCGGACGAGUCACAGAGCUUCUCGAUCCAGGAGAUCGCCAAAAUGCGAGGACUCAAGGAAGAGAGCCAAUCGAUGAUCUCCGAGUCCUACGUAUCCGUGGCCAACUACAGAGUGAAGUCGAGCGUGGCGGAAACGCUCCAGGCGAUCAUCUCCAAGCACGGGGACAUCGCCGCCUCCUCGAAGCUCCAGUCCAACGUGACGAGGUCCUACUACCUCGAAUCCCUAGCCGCCGUGGUGAUGGAGCUGAGGACGUCUGGACUGAAGGAUCUGACGAAGACGAGAGUGGCGGAGAUGGCGGCGGUGGUGAAGGACAUGGAGUCGGUGAAGAUCGAGGUGACGUGGCUGAAGAAGGCGGUGGCGGAGCUGGGGGAGGCGGUGGAGUGCGCGGGGGAGUACGAGGCGGCGAAGGCGGAGAGGGAGGCGUGCGAGAGGGAUAUGAAGGCGAGGAAGGGGGAGAUGGAGGAGAUGAGGGAGGAGCUGGGGAAGAGGGAGAAGGAGAUCAGGGAGUGCAGAGAGAGGGUGACGGCGGUGGCGGGAAAGCUGGGGCAGUUAGAGAUGAAGGGAUCGAGGUUGAGCAAGAAUCUCGACAUGUUUCACUCCAAAGUCGAUAAGUUUCAAGGAGAAGUCGUCCUUCUCCACGUUUAAUACACUUUUUUUACAUCUGUUUGAAUAUGAAUAUAUAUGGGCCCAUAUAUAUGCUUGUUUUGGGUUCAAGGCCCGUGAAGCUAUGAUACUGGCCCACCAACGGAUCUUAAUUGAAUAUUUUGUUUAUGUGAUUUCAUUACACACCACACCAGUGACCUUUUAUUUAUUUUUUAAAUACAAGGAUUUGUACA